GGAGGCUGGUUGCUGCAAGGUGCUAAUUGACAUCCCCGAAGAGGAAUAGUGUCAGCAAUCAGUAGAGAAGAGCAGAACAUUGGUAGAUUUAUGGCUUUGAUUUUGAAAAGGUAUGGGAAUGCCCGGUGAUGUUUCUCUGCUCCCCCCCUCCCCCUGCCCCCGCCCCCCGUACUCCUUUUGAAUGUUAAUGCUUUCUUGAAGAUGAUUUCCGACUCACUGCUAGGACACUGCCUCUACUCACUGAAGCAGAAUCCUCUGAAGAGUUGCGGAGGCAGAACUGAAAUCAUGGCUUGCCACAAAGCAGCAGCUGCAUUGGCCGCUAAUGAUGCCUCACACAGAAAGACGAUGCUCCUUUAACUCGGGGGUUUUAAUGGGAAGUUUCUAAGGCUGAAAGGACGGCUUUAGAUCUGGGGUGUGCCAUCAGCCGCUUGCAGAUACCAGUCUCCUGCCUCAACACAGCCUGGUCGGGAAGAAUGGAAACUAAAGAGGCUUGUAACUACCUGUAACUGUUCCACCAGGAAAUGGAUCAAGUGUUUGUUCAGCCAGAUGCAGAUAACUCAGCGUCUCCACGGGGCAGCCACCAUGAUCUCAGCAGACUGAUGAUGGAAGAGAAGGAAACUGGGCGAUCCCGUGCUCCUGCUUCUCUGGACGAUGGAUGGAGGACAGCCCGUCCCUUCACCCCUAGUGCCCCUUGAGGACGUGUCGGCAGAUUCUAGCAUGUCUCUAGAGCAGAAAACCACAUUUGUGUUUGUGAUUUUGUUGUUCAUUUUCUUGGGCAUCCUCAUUGUCAGGUGCUUCCGGAUCCUUCUGGACCCGUAUCGGAGCAUGCCAACCUCAACCUGGGCCGAUGGACUUGAAGGGCUGGAGAAGGGGCAGUUUGACCAUGCCCUUGCUUAG